GGCCAUCACACAUGCACACCCAAACCCACACCCACAUGCCAGCCCGCCAAGAGCGAACUGCUUCCCCACCUCCCCACGACGGGAGCCUGCAUGGCCAUGACGCCCGCAAUGAUAAUAAUAACAUCCCUCUGAACUCGCCCGCGCCCAUCCCAAAACCGAACACACAGCACAAGAGAACUCUGCUCCGCUCCGCCUUCCACUGCAUUCCGUAGUACGUACCUACCUACCUCCUGUGCCCGCGCGCAGAACCGCUACUCCCCCGCCUCUGCCUCAGCUCUGACCGUUCACUGCCGUGCCCCCUCCUGCCCGCCACGGAACCUUCUACGCCUCCGGAGGAGGACUCUCCCGUCGGUGGCGCCGCCGCGCCGGCCACACCGGUCGUCGCGCCUGAAUGCUGCGAUCGUCCUGCAGGCCGCACUACGCCUGACCGGGCCGACAGCCAGCUCGCGAAGAUGCACGCCGGGACGACGCGCGGCGACGGCGGCACGCGGGGCCUCCAGCGCCGAUUCGGCUGCAUGGCCGGCAUUUUCCAGAUCUUCGACCGCCAUCGGCUCAUCGCCGGGGCCGGCCGCCGCGCCGCCCGGCAGGCGCAGAAGAGGCUGCCUCCGCCUUCUUCCGCUCCGCCAGGCAAAACUCAACAUCCAAAGAGCAGCAGCGAUGUUCUAGUUCAAAGUUCAAGUGCGUCGAAGAUCGUUCUGGAGAAAACAUUGAGCAAAUGCACGACCGAGAACAGCAGCCUUUCCAUCGAAUCGUCAAGCGAUUCGUCUUCCUCCUCUCCGUGCACGUCCUUCUCCUCCCUCGAUGGCAACAAAUCAGUCCAACAGGAGCUUCCUUACACCAGCGAGGAGCUCUUUGCGCAGAGGCCACUGAAGAGCUCGCCGAGUCUGAGGGAACCUGACAUGAACGCCAAGUCUGGCCAUCCUAAUGCCGGUUUCAGAGACAUAGUGAAGGACUGCAUCAACCGGGACUCCGGAGGCCUGACGGUAAAAACUUCGGUGCACGAGGCAAGGAGAAAUGGGCAGCACAAGGACUCACCGAGGCCACUGCUGCUGUCCAAAUCAAUGGAUGGGACCUGUAUCAUUGGGAUCGAUAGGACCACAAAUGUUCCUGCAAAUGUCAAUGGAUCUAGAAGGUGUUUGCAGGAGCAGUCACGCUUUUCUUGUGAUGACCGAAGGCUCCUGCGACCAACUGAAACCCAGGAAAGCAAGAGGUCUUCCUCGAGGCCAAAGGAGCUUCCUAGAUUGUCCUUGGACAGUAGGAAGGAGUCUCUGAGUCCAGGCUCACGUCAGAAGGACCUCGGUUACAAGAGAACUGAUGAUAUUCUUCUGGAUACUUUGAGGCCUCAAGAUUCCCCUAGCCAUAGCAGAGCUAACAGUGUCAUUGCCAAGCUAAUGGGGUUGGAAGAAGCAACAAAUGCUACAGGAGUGCUCACUGCCGAUAGCUGUGAACCCACAAGGUCACCGAGACCAGCUCAGACCACUCAAUAUGGGCAUCCAUCACGCUCCCCCAGAGGCACUUGCCAGGAUUCCUGCAGCAUGCAGCUGAAGAACGAGUCCUCAGUACUGAAAACCAAGCCUUCCCCACGAAUUCUCACAGAAGCAGCUCCUUGGAGACAGCAGGAAAGAAGUGUCACCAAUAUCUGUCGAGAAGCUGAAGGGAGGCCAAGGAUUGCAUCUGUCUAUGCUGAUAUAGAGAGAAGGGUUGGGGGCUUCGACUUUUUAGAGUGUAAUAACAAGGACUUCAGGGCUCUCAGAAUAUUGGGUGCAUUGAAUGUGAGAGAUGCUAAGAACAAGAAUGACAGCAGUGGCAGACCAAUGGCUACUCACAGAACAGGAUAUGACCUAACCACCUCUGGAAGCUUCCAGGCUCCUAUUGUGGUCAUGAAGCCUGCAGGAACCACUGAGAAGCAUGGGGUUUCACUUGCUUCUGUUGCCCCCAUAGCAGGCCUCAGAAGCCUCAGAAAGUUGCCAGCUAGAUAUUCAUCUUUCACUGGCACAAAUGAGGCCAGCACAAAUGAGAAUAUUCAUCUUCAGAUGUCAAGAGCUCAAUUGAAGUCUGAAGAAACUGUCAGCAGUGCCAGCUCACCAAGGCCUACAAGCUCAUCGAACCCCAGAAAUGUGCUAAAGAAGGCAGAACCUGAAAGAAGAUCCCGUCCACCUGUUUCACCAAAAUCUCCAAGCAAGAAGUCCAAUGAAGCUGUCUCCCCAAAAGGAAGAACAAGAUCAAAGCCUUCUCAGGUGAAAAGCCACCGUGAUGAGGUCUUGCAUAGUACAGGGAACAGAAUAAGCUUAGCUAAGCAGGUUGACGUCAGCGUUAUAGAUUGUCCAAAGCCUCCGGGUGGCAACUCAACCUUCGUUCCACCAAGCAAUGCUGCUGCAACAGCAAGUCACAAGGCUCCUUCAAUUCUGGAUUCAGACCAAAACAUUCAUUCACUGGACAACAUUCCAAGCCCUGUCUCUGUCCUUGAUACAUCCUUCUAUCAUAAAAGGAUCUCAGAUUCAUUCAAAGAUGGUGAGACACAUUCUUCAGAGGAAUGCUGGAACCCAAACAGCCUGCCUGACACACCACAGUCAAAAGCGAGCAGUGAAGCCAACCAGAUUAAACCAGAAAAUUUGGAAGUUCUGAUCCAGAAGCUUGAGCAGCUACAGUCAAUGAACGAAGAAGACGCAAGUAUCAAAGAAGUCAUGGCAUCAGUCACUGCAAAUAAAGAUCACCAGUAUAUCUAUGAGAUACUGUUGGCAUCUGGUCUUUUGCACAAAGAACAUAGUAUCACGGCAUUACCUGCUCAACUCCAAACAUCAAAUUAUCCAAUCAAUCCGGAGCUCUUCCUCAUUCUUGAGCAAACAAAACCAGACUUAGUUUUCGCAUUCCAAGCUGUCAGUGGAACUAAGAAAACUUGUAAGCCUUACACAGGGAAGCUUCACCGAAGACUUGUGUUUGACCUGGUAAACGAAACAAUAGCUCAAAAGAUGAUCAUCUGCAGAUCUGGAAGCCAGCCAGCAAAGUUUCUUCAAUCAAGGAAGUUGAGUGGGUGGCAACUAUUCAAGGAUUUGUGCACUGAGGUUGACAGGCAAAUAAAAUGCACCGGGGAGGAGGAGAAUGGAAACAUGAUAUUAGAUGAGGAUACAGUCAAUGGAACGAAAGACUGGAUGAGCUUCGACACUAUGCUACAUGGCAUAGUUUGGGAGAUUGAACGAUCCAUCUUCAAGGGUCUUAUCGACGAGGUUAUCGGCGGUGAGACUAUAGAGAAGAUGCAAUUUGGGCAAAGGAAACUGCAGAGGCAGCUUUCUUUCAGUAGUAUAAACUGAAUAUGCGUCGUAGCAGUCAUUUCCAUGGAAGCUUAUAACAACUAGUAAAUGUGACAGUUUCUAUUUUUUCUGAAGACUAAACUGUACAAGUAUAAAUGAUCCUCAACACUAGUCUUGCUGCCUGACUAUUGCAAUUCGAGAUUUGUGUGACAUGACUACUGUUUGACUCUACUACCGGUCAAGGCGAUUGAAGUGCACAGUACCCCGCGUGUGCAUGGUGGACCCAUUAUAUCAAGUGUUUAUAGGAAUGUCGGGUAGAUGAUAACUUGAGAUAAAGUUCUCGUUUUUUGCAUUUAUUGUUACGGAUGAUGUUGCGGUCAAACUGUAUGCCGCAAAUGUACCAAUAAGCACUAUAUUGUCCAUGCGGC